UGGUGCCGGUAUCAAUGAUGAAGCUAUACGUACUACGGACCAUUCUCAUCCACCAAGACUUCUCUGCAUCCGAUCUACUCUUCCCUCGUGUCACGGCAAGAUAGGCGGCCAUGCUAGGGAACUACAGACCUUGUGGCUGCAUUCGAGUCAGGUACUCACCCUCUAGGAGUCUAGCUGUUAAGGACCCCUGUCAAGCACAGAACCCAGCAAUCGGAGCGCUUGGGGAAGCCAGACUCACGACUCUACGAGCACAGUACUUCAGUGCCUAAGUAGGACCCUUACCCCAACUAUCCCAAAGUUUCGAUUGCGGUAAAGUGGGACCGUUCUUGCUUGGGAUGGAUCUGCUAGGCCUUGAAAUGUCUUGAAGCAGGCCGAGAUUGUACAAUACUCACCUCUCUACGCGACCCUGGACGACGUGAUGCCUGCCGUCUAUUCGAACAAGGCACCUCCGUCGCCCCCUGAGAGCGCAUCCGAGGCCGUCGUUGAAGUAUACGCCCUUCAAGCCGGCCACUUGACCUUGCCCGAGCGCUUCUUUGUCGAUCCAGCUUCUGAGACUGCGCGCAAGACAGUCCCGUCUCUGUCGUUCUUGAUAGUGCAUCAAGAUGCAGAGACCAGCCAAAAGACCCGGAUAGUCUUUGACCUAGGCCUUCGACGAGAUCCAAAACGCUAUAUCGAGCCCAUUCAGAAACACAUAGAUACAAGACAGCCCUUGUCUACCCUUCCAGACGUCACGGCAAGCCUAGCUGCGGGUGGACUCAAUCCGGAAGACAUUGACUACGUGAUAUACUCCCAUGUUCACUGGGACCACGUCGGAGAGCCUCGAGACUUCCCCAAGAGUACAUUUGUGAUUGGAAACGGAGCACAAGCCCUACUCCAGGGCGGAGGAUCGCUGCGAGGAGGUCACUCAUAUUUUGAGGCCGACUUAUUACCAGCAGACAGAACAAUUCAGCUGUCAAACCCGUAUGAGGAGGUUGAUGAGGAGGCGAAGAAAUCGCAGGAGUCUACAAACGGCCCUGACUUCCAGCAAGAGUGGAAACCUUACUGCAACCUACCACGUGUCCUUGACCUGUUCCAUGAUGGCAGUCUGUAUGUCGUCGACGCUCCAGGCCAUUUGCCAGGCCAUAUCAACCUCCUCGCGAAAACCGGCCCCUUGAGCAGCGUCUAUCUGGCAGGAGAUGCCUGUCACGACCGAAGAAUUAUGCGGAAAGAGAGGGCCAUAGGAGAGUGGCUGGACGACCAUGGGCAUAUAUGCUGCAUUCAUGCCGACAAGAAGUUGGCUGAGCAGACCAUUGAAAGAAUCCAAGAGUUAGAGUCAAACGGCGUCGAAGUUAUUUUCGCUCAUGACAUUGAGUGGGAAGAGAACGUGCAGAAUCAAUCACGGUUCUUUGGACAACCUCAGGCAUGAAGAUUCCGCCGGAUUUGCAUACAUUGUCCAGGGGGGUUGGCGCGCUAUGGUCUGUGGGCUCCUUUUGGAGGAUGAUUUCCUUUCCUUGUUGCAUUCCAUCAUAGGCCUGUGAUAGGGCACAGCAACGGCCGGUCACCGUAUAUAGUCAGAUG